ACAAAACACAACCGAACCGAAUUGCAAUUAGAAACAAAUAAAGUGAAUUUAAAUUCACAAAAUAAAAAAAAACCUACAAAAUCUCGUACGAAAUAAUAAAAUUUAAUAAUAAAACUUAAAAGUAUUUUUUAGGCGAAUUAAAACGAAAGCAAAAAAACUAUUUCUUCCUUUGUUCAUAUUUUGUGUCCUAUUGCGUGUGUGUGUGUGUAUGUGUGUGCGAGUAUAAUACGGUAUAUAUAAGAAGUGUAAAAAGAAAAGAAGGAAAAACGAAUUCUCUUUUAAUUCUUUUCUUUUUUUUUUGGCAAGUGUCAAAAUACAAUUCCUGUCAUUUACAGUUAUUUUGCUGAACAAGAUAACAAAAUAUAAAUAUGACCAGUGUUGCAUACUUGUAGGAGAACAAUAACAUAAAGAACAAACUCAUUAAAUCGUGAUUUCAGUUAUUUUUACCACAAUUUUUAUUUGUUUUUAUUAUCAAUAACAAUAAAAAGCCCACAGCUAUCGUAAAGUAAUAAAUAUCAUAUAAAUAUUACAUCAAUUAAAAUUUACUCAAACUGUCGAUAUAUUAAAAUCGUAUCACUAAGAGAGGUAGCGUAAAAAAGAGAACAAAACGAAGAAAAAGUCUUUAAAUAUUAAGUAAAAUAAAUUGUAAAAGAACAAAAAACAUAUUAAGUGAAACUGUUGGAAAAAAUAAAUAGAUUUUACAAUAAAAUAAAUCGAAAACGUGUGCAAUGAUUUUGACAGCAUGCGUUUACCCAAUAGCGGGCCUGCUGUUUUUAUGCACUUUCAGCAUUAAUGGGGUAUGGUCGCAGGAUGUUAAGAUUGACACUGCAACUAUAACAGUGCCACCGGCAGCAUCAUCAUUGGAAGGUGGUGCCAGUACCCAUACUCGUCCAGUGGCUGGAGGAAAUGACGUCUUUACGAGUUCAUUUCUAGUUCGUUUCCGCGGCAGUGUUGACAAUGACUUUGCUCAUAAUGUGGCCAAUAAAUAUGGCUUUGAAAAUCUAGGAGCAUUGGUUGGUGGCCAGGGGCAUGAAUAUCAUUUCAAACAUCGGACUCUGCCACAUGCUCGCUCAAGGAGAAGUAUACCGCAUACACGUCUGCUAAAAAGUCAUCCAAUGAUUCAUACAGCCGUACAACAACCUGGCUUUAAACGUGUGAAACGUGGUUUACGUCCUGCUGUUCAUGCUAUUCAUGGUUUAAAAUUCGAUGCCACCUAUAAUACUCAAUCCAGUAUGGAAAGUACAGAACCGACAGAUCCCUACUUUCCAAUGCAGUGGUAUUUGAAGAACACAGGCCAGAAUGGUGGCAAAGCUCGCUUGGAUUUAAAUGUUCAAGCUGCCUGGGAUCAGGGUAUUACGGGUAAAAAUGUUACCACCGCCAUUAUGGAUGAUGGUGUGGAUUAUAUGCAUCCCGAUUUGAAGUUUAACUAUAAUGCUGAAGCCAGUUACGAUUUUAGUAGCAACGAUCCGUUUCCAUAUCCCCGCUAUACUGACGAUUGGUUUAACAGCCAUGGUACACGUUGUGCUGGUGAAGUUGCUGCUGCCAGAGAUAAUGGCAUUUGCGGUGUUGGCGUGGCUUAUGAUAGUAAAAUUGCGGGUAUUCGCAUGUUGGAUCAACCUUAUAUGACAGAUUUAAUUGAAGCAAAUUCUAUGGGUCAUGAGCCACAUAAAAUUCACAUUUACAGUGCAUCAUGGGGUCCUACCGAUGAUGGAAAAACAGUUGAUGGUCCACGCAAUGCCACCAUGCGUGCCAUAGUGCAGGGUGUUAAUGAGGGUCGUAAUGGUUUGGGUAAUAUUUAUGUGUGGGCUUCAGGCGAUGGUGGUGAGGAGGAUGAUUGCAAUUGUGAUGGCUAUGCUGCUUCCAUGUGGACAAUUUCCAUUAAUAGUGCCAUUAAUGAUGGUCAAAAUGCUCAUUAUGAUGAAAGUUGCAGUUCAACAUUGGCAAGUACAUUCAGUAAUGGAGCCAAGGAUCCUAAUACUGGUGUGGCCACCACCGAUUUGUAUGGCAAAUGUACAACCACUCAUUCGGGUACUAGUGCAGCAGCUCCAGAGGCAGCUGGUGUAUUUGCUUUAGCAUUGGAAGCCAACCCUCAAUUAACCUGGCGUGACAUACAGCACUUGACAGUUUUGACUUCAAAGCGUAAUUCUCUAUUUGAUGCUAAAAAUCGUUUCCAUUGGACCAUGAACGGUGUGGGUUUGGAGUUUAAUCAUUUGUUUGGUUUUGGUGUUUUAGAUGCUGGUGGCAUGGUGACUCUGUCCAAACAGUGGCACACAGUACCUGCCAGAUAUCAUUGUGAGGCUGGUGAUAUCGUAGAUUCACACCCCAUUUAUUCUGGUAGAUCAUUGUUUUUGGAAAUUAAAACAGAUGCCUGCAAAGGAUCCGAUACUGAAGUUAACUAUUUGGAACAUGUGCAAGCUGUUAUAUCUGCGAAUGCUUCACGACGUGGUGAUUUAGAAUUGUUCCUGACUUCACCCAUGGGAACAAGAUCAAUGAUUCUAUCACGUCGUACUAAUGAUGACGAUCAUCGUGAUGGUUUCACCAAAUGGCCCUUCAUGACAACACACUCAUGGGGUGAAUAUCCUCAUGGCACAUGGAAAUUAGAGGCUCGCUUUAACUCAAAUCAACCACGAUCUGGUUGGCUCAUUGAUUGGUCUUUGGUAUUGCACGGUACCAAAGAAGCACCGUAUCGUACUCUAUCGCCCGCUUCCCCCCACUCUAAAUUGGCGAUUGUUAAAAAAGCCCAUGAAGAAAAGAAAAUGCAGUAAUUUAUUUUCAACAAAUCCAUCUAGAAACAACAAUAAUAAUUUAUCAAAACAAAUUCAGGGGCUUAAACAAACCAACAAACACCAGUCUUAACAGUGGCAACCAAAAUAAGAAGAAAAAAAAAGAAACAACAAAUAGAUACAAGAUGAAAUAAUAAAGAAUGCAUGUAAAAUUCAAAAAUCAAAUUAAGCAACAGAAGGCCAAUAAAAUUCAACAAAUUUACAAAACCAAAAAUACAAUAUUGAUAGAAUGAAAAUGAAAAUGAAGUACACACAUACAAAAACAAAAUAACUAUAAUCAAAAACCAAGAAUAAUAUUUGAAAAUAAAGCAUCUAAACACUGAGAGCCAUAACAAAAACAUAAUAUUUUC